UACAAAUUCAAGAUGAACUUUUCGAAUAUCUUUAGAGUAGUUAAUAUGGUUGCAGCUGCAUUCAUGAUUAUAGGUGGUGUAAUGACCUGCAUUCAUGGAGGCUUUCCCAAUUUCAUUCAAGGUAUCUUUGUCAUUUUAUUUGGCUUGAUGACCGUAUUAUUUGAAUUCAGGAUGCCAGGUCCUGUAGUAAAGCAUGCUUCUUUUAUGUUUUCAUUUAUGGGUCGUGGUUUAUUCUAUAUUUUUCUUGGGUUCAUAACAGUUAAUUAUGGUGCAUUAUCCAUUGCAUCGGGUGUUAUUGUUAUAGCCAUUGGACUUGCUUAUGUUGCUUUAGAAUUCACCAAAAUAGAACCACCUAAUAACAUGCGAAAAGAAGCUUAUGAUGAUGCAGUUGGCCAAGGCACGCAUGGCAAUGCAUCACUUCCAACUUUUGUAUAUCCAACAUCUUACGAGCAAACAACGCCAUAUGAACAGUCAUCGUCUUAUGCACAACCAGAAAGUCAACCUGCUACAGUGAAUGUGGCCUCAUCUAAAUGAACUGUGAACUGAAUAAAACACUUGUAUAAAUCUUCUGCUUAAUUAAUCUCGAAGGAUUGUACGAUGGCUG